AUGGAGGCUCUAGACGAAAUUCAAUGGAAAUCUCCUGAAUUUAUACAAGAGAGGGGUUUGAACACGGCCAACGUCUUGGAAUAUUUUGCGCUCUCGCCAUUUUACGACCGUACGUCAAAUAAUCAAGUGUUGAUGAUGCAGUUCCAAUAUCAACAAAUUCAAAUCCCAGUACACGUAUCAUUCCAUCAAUAUUUCCAAUCACGGUUGUCAGAAAUGACAGGAAUAGAAUUUGUCAUUGCUUUUAUUCGUGAACCCGAUUUUUGGAUCAUACGCAAACAAAACCGAUUGAAUCCCACAAAUGUCAUUGCACUACAAGACUACUACAUCAUUGGUGCGAAUAUAUAUCAAGCACCAAAAGUCUACGACGUGUUGUCUUCUCGAUUACUCGCAACGGUGCUAUCAUUAAAACUGUCCGUAGACACAUUGAACAACAUGACAAGCUAUCACAUUUCUGAUGGUGCACACUCAUUCAACAACUCAAUUCAUGGCAACACCAAAAAUGCGACACCAACCACAGCAACAGCAACAACAACAGCAACAACAACAACAACAACAACAACCUCAACCUCAACUCCCGGACAAUCCAAUUCUGACCCUACGCCCAUCAGUGAUUUAGAAACGCCAAUAGCAAUGAUAGACAGUCCUGCAAUUGGCGCCCCUGCUUCCAUAGCGGUAACUACUCCAACUCAAGCAAACUCCACCGUGCCCAGUGCUGCUGCUUUUGAUACGCUAUUGACGGAGGCAGUCAAUGACACUACAAAUAAAAACUACUUGGAAGAUAUUCCAUUAUACGGAAAGGGGAGCACACUAGAAUCACUAGGUGUCAAAUCUGCCAACCCUAUAUAA